AUGAAGUUUGGUCGAAACCUCCCUCGAAACCAAGUCCCCGAAUGGGCAUCCUCCUAUAUAAACUACAAAGUCCUCAAGAAGCUCAUCAAGGCCGCUGCCGCAGGAGCACAGAAGCAAGAUGGAGAAAUUCCCGAUCUGGCUGGAUUCUUCUAUACUUUGGACCGCAAUCUCGAGGACGUGGAUCACUUUUACAAUAAGAAGUUCCAGGACUUUUCACGGCGUCUAAAACUCCUUGAAGACAGGUACGGAAUAUCUCCUCAAGCCGCGACGCAGCUCGACGCGGAUGAACGCGAAGACCUCCUUGCGGCGCUUUUGGAACUGCGUGGCGAUCUGAGAAAGCUACAAUGGUACGGAGAAGUCAACAGAAGAGGCUUUGUCAAGAUCACAAAGAAGUUGGACAAGAGGAUACCCGCGGCUCAUGCGCAGAAGAAAUACCUCGAGCUCAAGGUGGACCCGUUGGCCUUUGCGACAAAUACCCAGCUCUUCUCCUCCUUGAACAAAAUCAAUGAUUGGAUCUCGGUGUUGAGUGAGGUUGCCGCCGCCGCUCCGAGCACCGCUGACGACAUUGCUUCCAUCUCCUCGGGGUCAUUGAAACGUACAACUUCUCGGCCUUCGUUGAAUAUCUCUGUUGAGCAGUUGGCCAAAGUUGAAACUAAGAUCCGCCAAGACGACGCGAAAGGCCUGGAAGAAUGGAUCUCGGGCAUCACGAAACCAGGAACUGAAAAGUCGGAGACGGCGGUGCAGCUGCUGUUGAACAAUCUCCUCCAGAGGGCAAUCUCAUCCCGAAGUCGGGCUUGUGCAGCGUGCCUGCUGCGCGAGAUCGUGUUUUUGGAUUCUCAAGACGAUAUCAAUCGCCGCAAUUGCAUCCAUCGUCUUAUAGUUUCCAUCGGUCGCAAACAGUCACUUGCGAGUCAGGAGCCUGCCACAGAGCCCCAGGCUGAUGCUGAAGCCGACCUCCUCAACUACAUCACACCUGCUGCGCAUCCGUCCCCCGCCCUGAAGCGCUCGAUCUUGCAGGAAGAUCAACGGGUGCAAAAUGUGACACGAGAGGACGAGGCUGUUCUAUUCCUCCAAUUUCUACUCGACAACCUGAAGCCUUCACAACGGCCUGCAUUGAUGGCGAGAGAUAGUGCGGGAAGGACGCCUUUGCACUUUGCGGCAGAGUACGGCAUUAGGGUCAUGUGUGAGAUCAUCAUUGAGCACCUCAAGACGUGGAAAUUGUUCGAUGUUGGGGAAGGUAUUGAUGGUCCCCGAUGGCAGGACGAUGACGGCUGGGCGCCCUUACAUCUCAGCGCCAUCGGCGGUCACCCCCUGACAACUAAAGCCUUACUCGACGCUGAGAAUAGCAUGGGCUCCUCUGUCAAACGGAGAUCAGCUCAAUCGUCAAUCGUUUUGGCUUUGGCCACCAAAGCAAAUUUCGUCGAAAUCGUCCGGCUUCUCAUUCAAUCAGGUGUCGAUAUCAACUACCAGGAUGAGCAGGGUGAUACGGCACUUCAUGUGGCUGCUAGAUUCGGCCAUGUGGAAUGCGCUAGACUACUCCUCGAGGGUACAGAUGAGCAGAAGGCUAAUAUUGAGCUACCUGAAAAGACUUACGGGUGGACACCCUUGUUCAUUGCUUGUGUCGACGGCCAUCUCCCCAUUGUAGAGCUGCUCAUCGACCAUGGAGCUGAUCUUGAGCGCCUGGAUUCGUCGGGCUGGAAUGCAAAGGAGCACGCAGCUUUGAGAGGGCACGUCGACAUAGCACAGAGGCUCGACAGCGUCAUGCCUAAGCUGGACGCCGAACCCGAUGUUUCUGUAGCCUCGACGUCCCCCCCACUGCUGUCAUCGAUGACUGAGCGAAAUUCCAACGGACUGGGGUCAAAUGGGAAUGGGCAAACGAUCAAGACUACCGAGGCUGUCAAGACCUUUGGCCAUCGAUACCUGACAGACAAGAGUAUGAUCUUGGUCAGUCUCGGUACUAUGGAUACUCGCAAAAGUAUUCGUGCGGUGAGUCUUGAUCGGAUCCCACUGUCAAGCGCUCACUCGACACAACUCGAUACCGCCCUUUCCAUCGUCGUUUCAGCCAAAGCCGCCGAGGGUGAGUCUGAGGUCAUUGACCUACCCGUUCAGGACAACAUUUCAACAGAACCAAUUGUCUUUCACGCAGCCGAUCCGUCCAAAGUCAAACUAUACUUUGACCUGAUUCCAACUUAUGCCGGCUCUCAAGAACGCGUCGUUGGGCGUGGGGUUGCCUUGCUUUCAAGCAUCAAGUCGAGCGUUGGAACAAAAAGGAUGUCCCUACAAGGUGAUGUGACGGUCCCAAUUGUUGCGGCGAGCGAUCUCGAGGUUAUUGGGUCCGUCACUUUCAACUUUCUCGUCAUUACACCUUUCAAACAUCCCAACAUGUCGGUGACGGAAAACCAGACAUACUGGAGGAGUAUGGCGUCGACCAUGGUCAUUGGUCAUCGUGGCCUGGGCAAAAAUUUCGCCGCCGGUAGACGAUCUCUACAGCUAGGCGAGAACACCAUUCAAUCCUUCAUCGCCGCGGCAAACCUGGGCGCAUCUUACGUCGAGUUUGACGUGCAACUCACGAAAGACCACGUGCCUGUAAUCUAUCAUGAUUUCCUCGUCAGCGAAACGGGUAUCGACGCCCCCGUGCAUACUCUGACCCUGGAACAAUUUCUCCAUGUCAACGACAUGCGAACGCCCCGCCAUUCCAGACCCGCUUCACCCGUACCAUUUGAGAAGCCGAAAGCAGCUAGUUUGAAGAACGUCGAGCGAGAUGUACGAGCAUCUAGACUAAGAUCUAUGUCUGUGAGCGGAGCAACUAGCAACGAGUCUCUCGAGAUGGACGAGCGGAUGAAACAUACCCGCGACUUCAAGAAGAAAGGGUUUAAGGGCAACACUCGCGGCAACCAUAUCCAAGCGCCCUUUGCCACUCUCGAGGAGAUGUUCAAGAAGAUCCCACAGGAUGUCGGCUUCAAUAUUGAGAUGAAAUACCCCAUGCUGUACGAAAGUGAGGAUGAAGAGAUGGACACGUAUGCCGUGGAAUUGAACUCAUUCGUUGACACGGUUCUUACCAAAGUCUAUGAACUGGGCAAGGGCAGGAACGUCAUCUUCUCGAGCUUCAAUCCUGACAUCUGUCUUCUGCUGUCGUUCAAGCAGCCCAGCAUCCCCGUCUUGUUCCUGACAGAUUCUGGCACGAGUCCCGCGGGUGAUAUCCGCGCCACUUCGUUGCAAGAAGCUAUUCGCUUUGCAAGUCGCUGGAAUCUGCUUGGAGUGGUCAGCGCUGCAGAACCUCUAGUCGCUGCUCCUAGAUUGGUCAAGGUGGUGAAGGAAAGCGGACUCGUAUGCGUGAGUUAUGGGACACUGAACAAUGACAGUGCGAUGGUGAGGAGACAAGUGAAGCAGGGGAUAGAUGCGGUCAUUGUGGAUAAUGUGCUUGCCAUCAGGAGAGGUUUGACUGAGGAUGUGGCGAAGAUCAGUGGUACAAGUACACCUAGCUCCGGAGUGACUACAGGAGACCGAAAUGGGAGCGGGGCCGGUGAUUUGAAGAAGCUGCUGGGUGGAGUGGAGAGUCUGAAGCUUCACGACGCCCUUCAGGAGGCAAAGGUCGAUCCGAAGCCAAUGGUUCCUCCAAAGGGCAAUGGCGACGUGAACGGUCUGUUCGAUGGACAGAGGACAACAUGA